CCCAGAUGCUGUGGGUGCUUGCGCUGAUAUCUUCAAAUUUGAUUGGAGAUCACUUUAACUGCCAGUUUGAGAACCUAUAAAAGAACAGAAAAUAACGAUUUUGGCUCAUUCACGUAAGUAUUUUUCAAGAGACAGACCUGCGUUCAUCUGUGUCAUGGAAGAUCUGUUGAAACAACUUAUUUUCAGAGCAGAAAGCCAAGGGGGAGAAGAAUGGCUGAGGAAGUGCUUACAGCAAGGACCGGACCAGCAAGAAGAGCUUCUUUUAUCUUCUAAUCCCGUCUGCUGCGCAGUACCUGGCGCGAGCGCCGAACUGAUCGAUCCUCCCUGCGAUAAUUUUGUGCGCAUGCGCGAAAAACCUGAGACCCGCUCGCCGAUUAAAAAACGUCAGCGGAGAGACAAGAGGGCAUAUUCCCCUUCACAAUAUGCGCCUCCUUCUAAGACCAAGAAAACCAACUUAUCUUCAAGCCGAGCCAGCAGGAAAAUUCAACGGCGUCAUUUUCAACAGCAUUCAACUGUCACUCAGGAGCCAUCACCUGCUUCAACAGUUGAUCAUCCUCCUACAUCAUCUGCUUCUGGACCUUCAAAAGUUGUAUGGAUUUUUGGGGAUGAACUGAUUCAAUUGGCUGAGAGAAGAUCUGCUUUUAGACAUUCUACUGUUAAUUUAGGUUAUUCAGCAGAAUUUUCCAUAAACUGGUUUUCCUUUGCUGACCUUAAAAUUUCUGAUAUCUUCAAGAAUGUCAGCCUUAUAUAUUCAAAAAUGUCGAAACCUGACCUGUUUAUUUUACAUAUUGGCUCGUUUGAUUUGGGAAAAAUCAAAACGCAUUUGUUAAUUUAUGAAUUAAAAGAAUUGUUAUGUAAAAUAUGCUACUUACUUGAUGGUGUUGUACUCGUAUUUUCUGACAUCAUCCCAAAAUUUUCUUGGUUCAAUUCUGAGUUAUCCUUUCUGGAAACAAUUAGGAAAAGAAUUAAUAAAAAAAAAUGGAGAUUUAUUUGAAGGAAAUUGGUCAUGGCAAUUACAGACAUGUUGAAUUAGAAGGAUUCGUUAGAGGACUUUACCAAGAAAAGGAUGAUCAGCUUUCUGAUAUUGGAUGUGAUAUAUUCAUUUCAGAUUUGCAGAACAUAAUUGAUAAUGGUUUUUAUUAAAGGCUUGCAAUGUUUAUUGGGCCACUUGUUUUUAUGUGGCGUUGUGGGGUUAAGUCACUCUCUGAGUGGACUGAGUGUUAUAUGGUUUAUUGGUUUAAAUAUUUACUUA